AUGUCUUCUCAACGACCAUCCACCGACUUUUCUGAUGAUGCGACUAUCGAGUAUGAGAAGGAGAGCUUUAUACACCCCGGCCGGAGACACCAGCCUCAGAGGAACGGCUGGUUCUAUUCCAAAACUCAUAUUUUGAGUCUAUAUGCCUCCCAUGCUGUGCUUCUGGUUGUCGUCUUUGCCCUGGUUGUGAAGUUUACGCGACGACCGUUCUUAGACCCGACACUUGGAGUUUAUUCGCCCGCCAACGAAGCCGUGGAAUAUAUCAAAGAAUACAAGUUCCAUGCGGCGCUCUUCAACAGGACGCCUUAUAUGGGAUACCCAACGGACGAGACAGAUCAGCUUUGGCGCGAUCUGUACAGCUUCGGAAUCUCUAAGAUUACCGAAGAGGAGGCGAAGAUGCUUCCUCAUCCCACGCUGCCUAUACCCGGUACGAAAGAAUAUCUGAUCCAGCUCGAUAUCUGGCAUACACUGCACUGCCUUAACGACCUGCGAAUGCUUCUGUAUCCGGAGCGCUUUCCCGGCCUGGCAGAGGUCACAGACGAAAACGGAGUCAUUAAUCGCGACAGCUUCGAGUUUCUUCAUUGGGACCACUGCAUUGACUCGAUUCGCGAAACGCUGAUGUGCCACGCGGACGUCUCGCCCAUGCCAUUCCGCGUCAACGUGCCUCAAAAUGAAGUUAUUGUACCCCGUCUCGCUACUACGCACACUUGCCGAAACUUCACGAAGGUCCAGGAGUGGGCUAAAGCGCACCAUGCUGGGGCGUGGAACUACAAUGUCACAGCUGAGCAGGCGGAAGAGAUUAUACGCGAGUCUGGGUUUGACAAUGCCCCAUGGGAGGACAUCGAGGACCAGUAUCCAGCAUUUCCCGGAAAUAAAUUCUUCAAGUAUUGGAGGGAUCAUCCCGAGGAGGCUGAGGCAGCUAAGAAGGAGGCGGCCAGAGUAAAAGCGGCCAAAGAGAAGGCCGCGGAGGAGGCGGAUUCCCAUGUUUCUACGCACCUUUAG